CGAAAAUCGCGAGCAACCCGGAAAUCAGAAUAAGAAAGAAAGCAAUUAAUUGAGAAUGGAGAUACACUGAUAAGCUCAAAAAAAUGCUUAAUUCCUCGUCUUUAUCUCAUACAAUGGCAGGAAUCAGGCCUUGCUGUUCAACUCUUCCUUCAAGAAGCAACCCAAGGACAUCCUGGUUAACUUUAAGGACUGUUCCUCAUCGAAGAACCUAUCCAGGGAAACGAGUUCUUCAGAGAAAAGUUGGAAUUAAAGCUGAAAUAAAUUUUGUCAAUGCUGAAGAAGCCAAAAAACUAAUUGCAGUUGAUGGAUAUGUAAUCGUUGAUGUUCGGGACAAAUCGCAGUUCGAUCGAGCUCACAUUAAAUCAUGUUACCAUGUCCCACUUUUCAUUGAAAACCAAGACAAUGAUCUUGGAACCAUCAUAAAAAGGACAGUGCACAACAAUUUUUCUGGUCUCUUCUUUGGAUUGCCAUUUACAAAACUUAACCCUGAGUUUGUGCAGUCUGUUAAAGCCCAGCUUUCACCUCAAAGCAAGUUAUUGCUAGUUUGUCAGGAAGGAUUAAGAUCCACUGCUGCUGCGGACAAGUUAGAGAAAGCUGGUUUUGAAAACAUUGCUUGUAUAACUUCAGGACUCCAAUCUGUAAAACCAGGCUCAUUUGACUCAGUUGGUUCGACCCAAUUACAAGAUGCUGGCAAAGCCGGUUUGGUAACAAUUCAAGGCAAAAUUUCAGCUGUACUAGGAACUGUUCUUAUCUGUGCAUAUUUAUUCGUAACUUUGUUUCCAGAACAGGCUGAGAAGCUGCUUCAAAUGGCACCAACAGGCUAAACUUCUUUUAUUGUCUAAACAUUAACCCUUUAAUUUUAUUUUUAAUUAGUUUUCUUUUAGUUUUAUUUUUUUGUUUAGAUAUUAUUAUUAAUUGCUGUCAUUAAAAUGCAUAUAUAUUUUCUACCA